CACUGCUGCUCCUGUGCCACACGGUCGGUUAAAUCGAAUUUCCUCGUUGAGUUAAACACACACACACCUACCAAGAUGAUCCAGAAGAAGAACCUGCUGCUGCUGUACGAUCGCCCCCGGGAACCCAUCUUCAUGGGCAAGGGCAAGGCUAUCUUCGAUGUGCCGGAUAACUAUCUGACCGAUCGGUAUCGACCGAUCGGACCAGAAAUUCAGAACCGGUUCGGGGACCAAGCGGAGGAACGCAUCCCGGUGAGGAGUAUCGCGCUGCCGGAUCUCCGCAUCCCGAUGUCCCUCGGGCGGCAGGAGCAGUUUUCGCUGUUUAUUCCCCGCCAUCGGAAGAUUGCGGCCAGGCUGAUCGACAUCUUCAUGGGAAUGCGCAACAUCGAGGACCUGCAGAGCUGCGCCGUGUUCGCCCGCGAUCGUAUCAAUCCGUACCUCUUCAACUACGCAUUCUCGGUAGCUCUGCUUCAUCGGCGCGAUACCCGGGACCUCCAGCUGCCCAACAUCGUCGAGGUAUUCCCAGAUAAGUACGUCGACUCGAAGGUUUUCGAGCAGGUCCGCGAGGAAGCGACCGUCGUGCCGGAGGGCAUGCGUAUGCCAAUCGUAAUCCCGAAAGAUUUCACCGCUUCGGAUCUGGACGACGAGCAUCGGUUGUGGUACUUCCGAGAGGACAUCGGCGUCAACCUACAUCACUGGCAUUGGCAUCUGGUGUACCCAUUCGAUGCUUCGAACCGUGCCAUCGUGGACAAGGAUCGCCGCGGGGAACUGUUUUACUACAUGCACUCCCAGCUGAUCGUUCGCUAUAAUUUCGAGCGAUUCUGCAACCGGCUGCAACGGGUUAAGCGGUUGAACAAUCUUCGCGAUCCGAUUCCCGAGGGCUAUUUCCCGAAGCUGGACUCGCUGGUGGCGAGCCGCACCUGGCCGGGACGAGUCGACAAUGCCGUGAUCAAAGAUCUGAACCGCGAGCUGGACCAAAUCAAGCAGGACGUGGCGGAUUUGGAGCGCUGGAUCGAUCGCAUCUACGAAGCCGUCCACCAGGGCUUUGUGGUGGAUGAGUCGGGCAAUCGCAUCUUCCUGGACGAAGACAAGGGCAUUGAUAUUCUGGGAAACAUUAUCGAGUCUUCGAUUCUUUCGCCGAAUCGUCAGUUGUACGGUGAUAUGCACAACGCCGGGCACGUGUUCCUGUCGUAUACCCACGAUCCGGACCAUCGUCACCUGGAAUCGUUCGGCGUGAUGGGUGAUGUGGCGACCGCUAUGAGAGAUCCGGUGUUCUACAGAUGGCAUGCGUUCAUCGAUGAUAUUUUCCAGGAGCACAAGCGGAAGCUGACACCGUACACGAAGAAUCAGCUCACCUACGAGGGCAUUUCAAUCACUGGGGUUUUGGUUCAAUCGGAAGGUGCUCCGGCAAAUACAUUGCACACCUUCUGGCAACAGUCCGAUGUGGAUUUAUCACGUGGAAUGGAUUUUGUGCCACGGGGCAAUGUGUACGCCAGAUUCACUCAUCUCCAGCACGCGCCCUUCGUGUUCACCAUCGAAAUAGAGAACGCUUCCGAUGUGCAGCGGAUGGGCUUCGUAAGAAUCUUCAUGGCGCCCAGAAAUGACGAACGUGGCCAGCCGAUGCUGUUCCGCGAUCAGCGAUUGUUCAUGGCGGAGCUGGAUAAAUUCCUGGUUGCCCUCCGCCCGGGAGCGAACCGCAUUCGACGCCGCUCGGGCGAAUCGACCGUCACCAUCCCGUUCGAGCGUACCUUCCGCAAUCUGGACGUCAAUCGGCCCGAAGCGGGCACCCCCGAGGAGGACGAGUUCAACUUCUGCGGGUGCGGUUGGCCCGCCCAUAUGCUCAUCCCCAAGGGACUGCCCGAGGGUUUCCCCGCGGAUCUGUUCAUCAUGAUAUCCAACUACGAGGAGGAUCGGGUGGUGCAGGAUCUGGUCGGAACGUGCAACGAUGCGGCCUCGUACUGCGGGGUUCGCGAUCGGCUCUACCCGGACGCCAAGGCGAUGGGCUAUCCGUUCGACCGUUUGCCGCGCACCGGUAUCGAUAAGUUGUCCGCUUUCCUGACGCCCAACAUGGCUGUCCAGCCGCUGAACAUUGUUCACGUCGACAAAACGGUUCCGAAGAAUUAAUAUCAAUUAUGGUUAACAUUUGGCAUUGAAAUGUACUAGGAAAAAGGCGAAAUAAAUACAUAUUCACUAAAUGAA